GCCGCGCAGGCUGGGAGCAGGCCGGACGCCGGCCUAUCAGGCUGUGCGGACCGGCGCAGGUUUGACGGGAGGAGCGGCGGCGGAGGAUGGAGGCGGUCGUGUUCGUCUUCUCGCUCCUUGAUUGUUGCGCGCUCAUCUUUCUCUCCGUCUACUUCAUAAUUACAUUGUCCGAUUUAGAAUGUGAUUACAUUAAUGCUAGAUCAUGUUGCUCAAAAUUAAACAAGUGGGUAACUCCAGAAUUGAUUGGUCAUACCAUUGUCACUGUGUUAAUGCUUAUUUCAUUGCACUGGUUCAUCUUCCUUCUCAAUUUACCUGUUGCCACUUGGAAUAUAUAUCGGUUCAUUAUGGUGCCAAGUGGUAACAUGGGAGUGUUUGACCCAACAGAAAUACACAACCGAGGACAGCUAAAGUCACAUAUGAAAGAGGCAAUGAUCAAGCUUGGUUUCCACUUGCUAUGUUUCUUCAUGUAUCUUUAUAGUAUGAUUUUAGCUUUGAUAAAUGACUGAGGCUGGAGAAGCUACGGUUGAAGUCAGCCCACAGUACAGUGCACUGCACAUUUGAGGAACUACACUACUUAAACCAUCUUUAGAACCGUAACCAUAGCAGUAUAUAUUUUCGUCUUUGAACAAAAAAACCACUAUUUUUGCUGUAUUUUUACCAUAUAAAGUAUUUGAAAAACACGAAUUGAGUUUUUAUAAAUUUCUGGUUCUCAAUUUUAAUCUGAGCUCCAGCAUAUGAAGGUGUAUCUUUAUAUCAUCUGUAUAUUGAAAAUGGUAGGGUGUGUGUAGUAGUAGGUACGGUGCCAACCUUGCAUGACAAAGAAAUAAAGAAUGCAUCUGAAAGGGACACUUAGUAGAUGAAACAGGCUGUCUUCCAGUCUGCCAGAAAGUCAGACUACAGAACAAUACUGUCAAUGUACACAAAAGAAAGAAAAUUACCGUUUGCCUAUGUUGUGGCAACUUUGUACUACUGUGGCUUAAGGAUUUAUGGGACUGUUACUAAGUCUUAACACAAGAAUGUUAACAAAAAAUGACCCAUACACACACACACACACACACACACACACACACACUCUUCAUUGCCAUAUUUGUGAAACUUUACAAGCCAUUUGCCCCAGAUACAAUGUAAUUCCUGCCUAUAGAAAGGAAAAUAAAAUUUAAA